AUGGGUGUGGAGAAAAUAAUUUGGUAUAACCCAAUCCCUUGGUGUUCUAGAACCAGCGUUGAGGAACAGGAUAUAGUGGAUGUUUUUCUUCAAUUGAAGAAACAACGUUCCUUUUCAAUUGAUAUCACUUAUGAUCACAUCAAAGGGGUCCUCGUGGACCUGCUUAUAGCAGCAACGGAUACCACUGCAGUCACAUCAGUUUGGGCUAUGACGACCCUCAUUAAAAGCCCAAGAGUAAUGAAGAGAGUUCAAGAAGAAAUUAGGAACUUGGGAGGUAAAAAAGAUUUCUUAGAUGAAGAUGAUAUUCAAAAAAAUUCGUAUUUGAAGGCAGUGAUAAAAGAGACAUUAAGAUUACACCUACCAACCCCACUACUUGUGCCAAGAGAAUCAAGUAAAAAAUGCAUUAUAGAUGGCUAUCAAAUUCCAGCCAAGACAUUAGUGUAUGUGAAUGCUUGGGCUAUUCAUAGAGACCCUAAGGCUUGGAAGGACCCAGAAGCGUUUUAUCCUGAGAGAUUCUUAGACAGUGCUAUAGAUUUUAGGGGACAAUAUUUUGAACUAAUUUCUUUUAGAGAAGGUCGCAGAAUUUGCCUAGGUUUGCCUAUGGGGGUUGCUACAUUGGAACUUAUCCUAGCUAAUCUUCUUAAUUCCUUUGAUUGGGAAUUGCCAAAAGGGUUGGUAAAGGAAGACAUAGAUACUGAAGUGUUGUCAGGAAUUACCCAACACAAGAAGAAUCCUCUUUGCCUUUCUGCCAAGUGA